CCCACCCGGCCCCGCAACCACGCGCCGCACACACAGACAGACACCAGGGCCUACAUCUCUCCACCUCUCACAUCCCACCACAUCUCACUCUCUCUCUCUCUUUUGUUGUCUCUCUCAGCGCCUGCAUCCCACGCAGCGACCACAGCAUUGCAUUCAUAACCACCCACACCACACCACAGCCACCUACCCACUCAUUCACCGCCCAUCACCCGCACACUCCCUUCCGACUUCCGAACCCGAACUCCCACCCACACCCGACAACACCUACAUCAGCCUUGUUGGACCCACGCACUCACCUCGCAGCCUCACCGGCCCCACCACCAUCAUGUCUGUCGCCUCUGCGCGCCGCGACCCAUCACCGGCGCCGCCGUCGAUCCUGCUCAACUGCGGCAGGGCGGCCGGCACCUCGCCCAGCCCGACCAGGGUCGGGAUCGGCUUCGGAGCCGCGUCGCCCUCCAAGACACCACGGACGGUGAAAUCAUCCGAGUCGCUCGAUGCGCCGUCCGUUUCGUCUGCGCCGACACUCUCCCCGGGCCUCUCGCUCGGCACGUCGCUGUCAUCUGAAGCAUCGUGGGGCGCUGGCUCGGCACCCGACGACUCGCCAAAUUCCACCCUCAACCCACUGCCCAACGGCGGCGGCAGCUCGACGCCCCGCUCAGUCUCGAGCACGAUCGGCACGGGCACGUCGUCCCCAAAGAUCCGCUUUGGCGAGUGCCCCGAGCGCCCUCCCGAGCUGCGGCGCCGCAACUCGAUCACGCUCGGUGUGCUCGCGCGCAAGAACAUGCUCCAUGCCCAGGGGACGGUUCCGGUCCCCCGUGGCGGCGCCCAGCAGGGCCAUAUUCGCAGCGUCUACAUGACCGACGCCGAGUGGGCCGAGUACCAGAAACAGUUUUCGCAAAAACCUGGACAAGUUCAGGCCGUCGACCUAGGAACAGUCAUGUCAUCGGGUGCCAAAAAGCUCUGGGGCAGGGUCCGGCGCAGCUCCAACACGUCGACGGCCAGCGUCAACUCGAUUCGCUCGGCUGCACCCGUGCUCAGCGGUGCAGCAUCUAGGGGACGCUCAGACUCGGCGUCUGGUGGUGCGCCGGCGGGAGUCUCUCCACUUGUCGUGCCAGUGCACUCUGCGAUUGUCGAGGAGGACGAACCUCCGACUCCCGGGCCAGCAGGACUGGGGCUCGACACUGGCGAGGCUGCCGGGGAACAGACGCCCCGGCGCGGUCGGUCGCCUUCUCCGCCCCCGCCGACGUUUGACGACGACGACGAUGAGGAGGAGGACGACAGCGAGCCAGCCGACGAGGAGACCCAGGUGGUCGACGACGCCGAGGCUACCCAUCGCCAGCACCAGGGCCACACGGCGGCCGUGCUCGGCUUCGAACUGUCAGAGUACGACCAGAACCCUGCAUGGGACGCCGAAAUGCGUGAGCGCCAGGACGUUGCACGGUUGGCCCACGGCCUCGGCCAGGGCCGCGGGUCCCCCGCGGCCAACGGCAAGGCUGCACUGGAUGUCUCCGCCGAGGCGGCUAAUGGCGUUGCGGCGACUUUGGCGUCGACUGCGGCCGCCGCCGCCACCACCAUUCCGCCGGCGGAGGCAACAACAACAACGACGACGUCACCGCCCAUUGCGAUCCGACGCGACUCCAACUCCAACUCGCAUGCGCGGUACGCUGCUGAAGUGCAGCGGCGGCGCGACUCUGCUGCGAGAGAGCGCCGCCUGUCGGCCGGGUCUGCGAGCCCUACGACGGGCACGUCGCCCGUGGCCGAGGUGGCGGCGCACAUGCCGCGGUUCUUCUAGUCGUCGAGAGAUGGGGUCUGACGAGCAUGUUGUGCAAGCUAUGUAGGCGGCGGCGACGACGACGGCGGCGGCGGGAGUGGCAAACCAAACGAGGCGCGAAGACACAUACCCAGCGCUCGCUUUAUAGAUGGGGUCAUGGUACUUGUAGCGUGUACGCACAUACGGAUGAACGGGGUCGAGAGGC